UGUGCUGCAAGAACAUUGUGUCACACCCUUCAGCAGAGAUGAUGCUGAAGAUCAGGAAAUCACAGCGAGCAGCACAGUUCCUGCAGCUUCAGCAAACAUCGUUGAAAGCUCUGGGCCGGCUCAUGGUGGUCCUGCUUGAGACAGAGACCCCCCAUGGAUUCUUCCAGAACAUAGUCCCUGUCCUGCAGAGAUCAGUGACCUCAAACAACGUGUGGGAGCGAAGGAGGGCCCUGCAGACCUGCUCCCAGCUGCUGGCUACAUGUGAAGAGCUUCAAAGAGGAGAUGCCUGCGAGCACUUUGGCUCCUUGGUGGGAUUGCUGGCUCCGCUGACCUGUGACCCCAUGCCGACAUCCCGCCAGUUGGCCGCCACCUGCCUGAGUUCCCUUCUCCGAAUCCAAGCCAAGGCGGCCAACAGAGUCAUUGAGACGGGAGACAUCGGGAGCCUGUGUGAGGGGCUGAAUAACUGCAGUACCAUCGCUCAGCUCCAGAUGUCAUCCAAACUGGCAAGGGUAAGUGGACCCAAAAAGGGGUGGUGGGAUCUCAAUGCAUAGGCUUCUGCACGACCCUAUGCUGCCCCCAGCCUCCCACACCAUUUCCAAAAUGAGCUGUCACCCUGAGACCGCUUCUCUCAGCAAGUAGUAGGAGGCUCUGAGCUAUGUCUGUCCUUCAG